AUGCACACCCGCACCAACCCAGCAAGCAUCAACCCAGCAUCCGCCGCAUCCGCAGCAGCAGUCAACCCCAGCAUGGCCCUGGACAAGCUCCUCCCCGUCCUCGACGAGGUCCAGGACCCCCGACGAAGAGACCUUUGUGCUACGUCAAGCCUCGCAGGCCGCUGGUACGCGGUGCGCCAGGACCCGGCGGUGCUGACGUCCUCCCGCCCGGGCGGCACCACCGGAGCCGGAGCCGUCGUGUGGCGCAUCAGCCCCCUCCUCGCCGAAUGGCUCGCCCGGCCGUCCAACCCCCUCCGCGGACGCGCGGUCCUCGAGCUCGGGCUCUGCGCGACGACGGCGUGUUUCGCGACUGGGCUGGGCGUGUUUAUGGAGCGCUUCCGCGUCUGGCGCCUGCGGGAGGGCGAGGUGCCGGGCAUGGCGGUCGGCGAUGGCUUCGUCGUGCACGUGGGUGUUUUGAAGGACGGAGCGGCGCGGCGGUGA